AUCGAGGAGGCUGGUGGUAACUGUUUAAUUCAAGGUUGUAGUAUGUCUGCAAGGAUAAAGCGGUUGUGGCAGCCAGGAAACCCCCAGUUACGAGUUUUCUUACCAGACUUUUGGGUACGAAUAGUAGAACCUUCUAAGAAGGGUCCUGGAAGACUUCCUAAAAACUGCGUUAAAUUCGAGGUGGACAAAAGGAUGUCGAGGCAUGAUGUUCGCGAGUACCUUGAAAAAAUUUAUGAACUUCCGGUUCGAGACGUAAGAACAUAUGUUAAAGAGGAUAUAGAGUGGCUAAAUGUAAGUAUCAAGAGGUACAGAAAAGCGCUCUGGAAAGAAGAUGAAAGAAAAUUUGCAUUUGUUUACUUGAUUCCAGUUUUUUGA